CAUCUCCCACUUGCAACAACAACACGUUUCGAAUGCUCAACUGCCGACAAUGUCCUGGUUCAAAGCUGCGUCAAACGGCGUCGACGACGUUUUUGAAGACAACACGGACGAACUUGACAUUUUAAGCAAAGAAUGGGCGGUCAACAUGAAGAGGAGAAUCAGGGAUGGUUAUGUGGACGGCGCCGACGCCGGCGAGGAUGCCGCACUGGAGGUGGGCUUCAAGGAGGGCUUCCAGGAGGGAGCCGCCAAGACUGUGGCUGUUGGGCGACUUCGAGGGAUCGUAUGCGCAAUAGGCAGCUGGUACCAGGUGGAGCAUCGGGGCCAGCCCUUCCCCGCCUCCGUCACGGAGCUCCUGCGGCGUGUUUCGCAGCACGAGGAUUCCAUCGUGACGGAAAUUAUGAAGGCCAUGGAGAAGCUCCCUCCUCCCAGCGUGGACGACGUGUUGGAGAGCAUGGAAGGGCUUCGGGUGGCGGCACCGCAGGGUUGCCCGCCGGAGGGUUGCCAAAGGAGCGACUGUUGUCGAGGGGCGGAGCAAAUGGACACGGAUUCUCCGCAACAUUCCCAAACGUUACAUUCCGCGUGCGGCGACGGUUCCUCCUCUUCUUCCGCUUCAGCCCGUGGAACAAUCUUCAGCGAGCUCGUGCAGAGCUGCAAGGACAUAGUGUCGGAGCUCGGGCUGCCUGUGGGCCUUUUGGAGCACAUAAAUGAACUGGAGAACGUUUAACUGAUGUGAUUAUAUACACUGACAAUUGACUUACGGGUUUUUCGAGAUAUGAUUUUCUUGUUUUGAGUCACGAGCGCUGGCUAAAAGGCAGCAAACGUCACAACAAGCAGCAGUUGGGCAGGUUGUGACUGUAAAACUAAGCAUAAAAGAGAAUUACACGUUGGCUUGGCCUGAGAAGAAAGUCUGCUAGCUUAUCGCUAGCGCACAAUGGAAAAUAACCCAGACAGGCUAACAAAACUAGCAUUGAUAUUACGAUAAUCGUAAACACUUUACUGAAACACAAGCGGUAGCAACACAUAAAGACAGCGUACAACUACACACUCUGGCAUAUAUUCAUCAAAUUUAUGUCUUAUGUACACAGCAUUUUCUAUACUGCCCCCUAGUGGCCAAGGUAUGAACAGAAGGAGUACCACAAUGAAUUGAUGAAAUUGUGACACAAACUAAUCCUUUAUAUGGUUUUUAUGUUAUUACUGUAUGUUUUUAGAAAGUAAAAUAUUCUGCAGUGAUAUUUUUUUUAUUUAAAAAAAUCGUGUUACAUUUUUGUUGAUGUUUUUGGAGGGCUGGAUCAGAUUAACGGUAUUUCCAUUCAUUUCAAUGAGGAAAAAAGAUUGAGACUGUUGAUUGAGCUACGACUGUUUUGGGUUACGAGCGUGAUCACAAUGAAAUUAAUUUAAGGCACCAAUGUUGACAAAAAAUGUAACUUUUAACCACUAAUUCAGUCAUAAUUAGUUUUUCUCUGUCUAAAAUUACUGUUUUACUGGGGAAAAUAUAUUUUAAAACCUUAUUUAUGCAUGAAAUAAAUUAUCUUUUUUAGGUGGCACACAGUACAGUAGUCAACCACUUUUAUGUAUAUCCUUCAGCUGGCACUUUAUUUUUUUAUUCCUCUAACAUAAAAAUAUUAUUCAUCAAACAAUAUAAACGUUAUUCAUCAUCAUUAUGUGGCAAUACCGAAAUUUCCUGGUUUUUAUUUAUUUUUGA